AUGAAUUCCUAUCUCCUUAACAGAGCCCUCGGGUCUGUCGCUCCAAACACCUUCCAUGUCGCCCAAACCACCCAGCUAGUACACCACCUCGAGCCGGGUCCAGGAAUACGGUUCUCCAGCCGCAGACCUGCACCCAGCCGGUCUGAAAAUAACACGCCUCUGAACCCGGGACUCGACCUGCCAGAAGAGGUGUUUGCUCACAAGGCGGGAGUCAACUGCCUAGCACUCGAUCAAUUCGAGGCCCGAUACAUGAUAUCGGGCGGGGCGGACCCAUCGAUUCACCUCUGGGAUCUCGAAACAAGAGGAUCGGAGCUCGAGCACGUCCACCGGUCUUGUGCAUCGGUCAGCAAGUCUUCGCACGGCGACGCGCAUACGCACGCGAUCACUUCGCUCUCCAUUUACCCGUUUGAUCCCGUCCCGUCCACCAUCUUCUCGACGUCGCACGAUGGCACUUUGAAGCUUUCGGCCUUGCAGUCGCCAUCCAUUACUCCUGUCCAUACGUUCAAUCUGGAGUGUACGCCCUAUGCACACUCGUUCUCGUCUCAGCCGGAUACUACGCUGCUCGUAGCGGUAGCCACUUCAGAGCCAUCGGUUCGACUAGUUGAUCUGCGGUCAGGAUUGUCAACUCAUGGCUUGCCGGGACACAAUGCACCUGUACUCUCUGUGGCAUGGGCUCCUCACCGGCCACAUCUACUGGCAUCUGGUUCAGUGGACAACCGAGUGAUCAUCUUCGAUGUGCGUCGCGGGGGCCACAACUCUGCUAUCGCAACCUUGGACAUGGAUGAUCCGGUAGGACUAGUUCCCCCAGGGUCCGGGUCUGCGCCAGCGGCAUAUGAGAGUCGACCGGCUUUUGCGCGACACGCUCGCGCACACAAUGGCGCCGUGACUGGGGUGCGCUGGACGUCCGAUGGCAGCCACCUCGUGACUGCAGGACAAGAUGCGCGCAUUCGCGUAUGGGACUCAGCCAGCGGCGCAAACACACUUGUACAUUUUGGGCCUCGAGUCCGGAACAGUGCUUCGUCGCACUUGGCAGAGCGAGCUCCCUUGAUUGUGCCGAAACACUUCAUGGACUCCGGCCAUGAAACACUGCUUUGGCCGAACUUCCAUGAACAAGACGAUCGUGGGGAACUCUUCAUGUUCGAACUCCGCGAAGGGACGUUCAUCAAACGACUCCGGGUCCCUGGUUUGAUGGCCGGGUCCCAAGGGUCUCGAGGUCGCUCGACUGCACUGAGUGCCGCGCGCAUCAACGACUUGGUCUGGCGCGGCAACGGUGGCUCGGGGGAGGGCAUCGAGCUGUUUUCUGCGCAUGGCGAUGGCACGAUCCGGACAUGGGUGUCCCGCGAGCCUGACGGGGAACCCGACGAGGAGGAAGAGGCAGAGCACGCCGACCGCAAGAGGAAACGGGACGUGCUAGAGGAGAUCUACCAGGGGUUUUUAGGGCCGGACAAUUCUCGACUACAAGGAGAAUGA